AUGGGGUUGCAGCUGGGGAUGGGGCUGCAGCUGGGGCUGGGAAUGGGGCUGCAGCUGGGGAUGGGCUGGAGCUGCAGCUGGGUACUUGGGCACCUGGAGCUGAUAAGAGCUAGCCAGGGGACGUUGGCACGCGGCCAGGCCAGGGGAGGGAGCUCAGGGUGGGGCGGGACGUUGGCACGCAGCCAGGCCAGGGGAGGGAGCUCAGGGUGGGGCGGCACGUUCGCCAAGCGGCCAGGCCAGGGGAGGGAGCUCAGGGUGGGGCGGAACGUUGGCACGCGGCCAGGCCAGGGGAGGGAGCUCAGGGUGGGGCGGGACGUUCGCCAAGCGGCCAGGCCAGGGGAGGCAGCUCAGGGUGGGGCGGGACGUUGGCACGCGGCCAGGCCAGGGGAGCGAGCUCAGGGUGGGGCGGGACGUUGGCACGCGGCCAGGCCAGGGGAGGGAGCUCAGGGUGGGGCGGGACGUUCGCCAAGCGGCCACGCCAGGGAAUGGAGCUCAGGGUGGGGCGGGACGUUGGCACGCGGCCAGGCCAGGGGAGGGAGCUCAGGGUGGGGCGGGACGUUCGCCAAGCGGCCACGCCAGGGAAUGGAGCUCAGGGUGGGGCGGGACGUUGGCACGCGGCCAGGCCAGGGGAGGGAGCUCAGGGUGGGGCGGGACGUUCGCCAAGCGGCCACGCCAGGGGAGGGAGCUCAGGGUGGGGCGGGACGUUGGCACGCGGCCAGGCCAGGGGAGGGAGCUCAGGGUGGGGCGGGACGUUCGCCAAGCGGCCAGGCCAUGGGAGGGAGCUCAGGGUGGGGCGGGACGUUCGCCAAGCGGCCAGGCCAGGGGAGGGAGCUCAGGGUGGGGAGGGACGUUGGCCAAGCGGCCAGGCCAGGCGAGGGAGCUCAGGGUGGGGAGGGACAUUCGCCAAGCGGCCAGGCCAGGGGAGGGAGCUCAGGUGCCUGUCUGGGCCAGAGUGAUGGAGAAAAAGCACACUCCAUUACUCUUGUAAGAGGAGAGUAG